AUGGGUUAUUGUUGGGCUGUUGGAUGUAAUCAUCACAACCAAAGGGAAAAGUGUAAAUUUUUUACACUCCCUAAAGAUACAAAAACCCGUAACAAGUGGUUAAAAUUACUUAGGCGAAGUGACCAACCUGGUCGUGGAUGUGUUGUUUGUAGUUGUCAUUUUAAAAAUGGACUUCGAAUUAACGGACCUGAGUUGCAAGAGCACUUAAAAAAGGCGUUUAAUAAUGAUUUUCCUCCACCCUCCAAAAAAAUACAAAGUAUUAAAAAAAUAACCAUACCGUCCAUACCUAUAGAUAUGCCAUCAUGCGAGACUAAUACACAAAAUGCAUUAGACGUUGAUAGGGAUAUGAAAUCUAAAGUUGAUGAAAAUUCAGAAAUUGAAAUAUUGAAUUUGAAUAAGAAGAUAGAUCUGAAUUUAGAUUCAAAAUCUGUUUCGGUUCUACCCACACAAUCAAUUCAAAGUGUAACAGUAUUAGAAACUGAAAAUUAUUUCCUCAAAAACGAAAAUGAAAAACUGAAAAGUAAACUGUAUAAGCUAUCGGUUGCAUUUUCUUAUGAAACUAUAUGCAACAGUGAUGAGUUAGUUAAUCUUUAUACUGGUUUACCAAAUUCAGCAGUUUUUAAUUCUCUUUUUGAGAUGUUUAAAGAUGUAAAUUUAAAUUAUUUUUUGGGAUGGAAUGUAAAAACUAUAAGCCCUCAGGAUCAAUUAUUAUUAACAUUAAUGAAACUAAGGAAUAAGAACAAAUUGUGCUUACCAAAUGCUUUCAGUUCAUUUACUAACUGUAGGAUCAUAAUAGAUUGUACAGAGUUUCCUACUGAUGUAACUAGAAAAUCAAUGGUUAUUCAAAAAUCUACUUAUAGUAAUUACAAACAUUAUCAUACCUUAAAAGCUCUAAUAGGGGUUGCACCAAAUGGUAUUGUGACAUUUUGUAGUAACCUAUUUCCAGGCUCAACGUCUGAUAAAAUUCUCACUUUACAUAGUGGUUUAUUGGCACAACUAGAAGAAGGAGAUUUGGUUUUAGCCGACAAAGGGUUCUUGAUUAGAGAUAUUUUGCCAAAUGGGGUCCAUCUAAAUAUACCACCAUUUCUCGAUACACCACAAUUUACUAAAGAACAAAUUUAUUUAACUGAAACUAUUGCUCGAGCUCGAAUUCAUGUUGAGCGUGCCAUACGUAGAAUUAAAUGUUAUAGGAUCUUAAAUCAUAUUCCUACAUUAUUAUUGCCUCACAGUGAUUGUAUUUUCAAAGUAGUUUCUGCUCUCACUAAUUUAAAAUUUCCUUUAAUCAAAGAAAUUCAAGAUAAAAUGUAA